CGCAGUUAGGAUCGCAGAUUCCAAUGAAUCAGUGCUCCAUAGGGUGAAAGCAGAAGUAUAACUGCGCACAGAAGCCCGGUAAUAUUGAAGUAGCUUUCUCAGCAAUUCUUGUCAUCGGAUCCAACUAUUGUACUUACGACCUGCAUAUAGGACGAUUAGUAAGUAUUGCCCCUGGACCAAAUAAGGUUAUGGACCGAAGAUGAGGGACGAGCAAUCAUUUCAAUGUGUGCGACGGAAAAAUCUCCAACGCACGGCUCUACGUUUCACUCUCGCGGCGCUUGUUCAUCAUUUGCCACUUGCGGAGGUGUUUCCCCGGGAGGAGCUGGGUCUUGGUGAGGAUCUAGACCCCGGCGUGCGGGAAUGGAGAAACGUGGUGGAGGACUUUUACGCAAAAAAAAGGCGCAAAACUAAUACUGCCAGUACGGCCGCACUGCACGCGAAGGGCAACGUGGUGGAAAAAACGACGACCGCAGGAGGAACAGGUGAUGCUAGUACCAGGCCGCUCGACUUUUUAGAAGCCGACCGAGUGGGCCUUGCCGGCUGCGACGUUGCAUUAUGUUCGUCGUGGACGUGGAGGUUCUACUUCAGGUUCAGAAGGAGCCACCAGAACCACAGCUGGCCAAGGUCCUACUAGCGAAGAUCCGGAAGUACUGGAGCCCCUGCUGCGCCCUCCGAAAGCGGCAGCCGCCGCUCCGUUUUUUCAACGCUCGUCGCUUUUGGAAGUCGAAAAGGAAAGCGCCGAGAAGUGGGGGCCGAAUAUCAGCCUCCCGCAACUACCGUCUUUUAGUCCCCCCUCGCUUCCAAAUAUAUUUGCGGGGCCGGAACAACAGUGCGAGAAGGUGGAAGCGCUGGAC